CUAGACGGUGGAAAUCAAAUUUCGACUCUCCUAUUUGUAUGAAAUUCUGUUUCCAUUUCCAAACCAAAUACUCACCAAAUCCCUAAAUUCUUGUGCAUCCAAAACGCAGCCAAAUCCCGCGUUUCGAUUCCCCGAUCUCUCCAGAGCCGCUGCGAAUUCCGGCGAUUCUGGUGCGUGCUUUUACCGGAGGGAAUUGAAAUCCGAUCGCGGCUGUUUGAAUACAAAGAAACGAGAGUGAAUUUCGAAUCGUCAGGCACAAGAAAGGCGCAUGAGCUGGUUGGGAAAGCUGGGUUUCACAAAGAGGAAAUUGAAUUCCAAUUCUAAUCACUUCAUUACGUGUCUCUUAAUCUUUAUCCUUCAUUAUUCCCCCCAAUUGCCUCUUACUCUGCUUAAAUUCGAGAAGAAAGCCCUCGAUCCAUUAUUAUCAUUAUCCAAUCUUAAUUUUAAUCCCAAUUUUAAUCGUAAUAUCAAUAACGCUUUGAAUCACUAUGGCGUCUGGAGCCAAGAGUAAUCCCCAAUUGCGCAGAGCUGUGUGCUAUUCGAAUGGUGACAAGAAGCAGACAUCAGGCGGAACGACGACGUCCCCAUCUGUAAUAGUGAUAGGUGGUGGUAUGGCUGGAGUUUCAGCUGCACGUGCUCUUCACGAUGCCUCAAUUCAGGUUAUGCUGUUGGAGUCUCGAGACAGACUGGGUGGUCGAGUUUACACCGAUUACUCAUUUGGUUUCCCUAUUGACUUGGGUGCAUCAUGGUUGCACGGAGUAUGCAAAGAGAAUCCAUUGGCACCAUUGAUUGGGAGAUUGGGGUUACCCUUAUACCGCACGAGUGGGGAUAACUCUGUCUUAUAUGACCAUGACUUGGAGAGCUAUGCACUUUUUGAUAUGGAUGGGAAGCAAGUUCCUCAAGAUUUGGUCACCAAAGUUGGUGAAGUGUUUGAGAACCUUUUGAAAGAGACAGAUAAGGUAAGAGAGGAAUUUAGUGAAGACAUGUCCAUCACUCGUGCCUUUUCAAUUGUUUUUGAAAGGAACCCGGAAUUAAGGUUGGAAGGAGUUGCACAUAAGGUUCUGCAGUGGUACUUGUGCAGAAUGGAAGGUUGGUUUGCAGCAGAUGCUGAUACGAUUUCACUUAAAUGCUGGGAUCAGGAAGAACUGCUUCCUGGUGGUCAUGGCCUUAUGGUCAGGGGCUACCUCCCUGUUAUAAACACACUUGCCAAAGGUCUUGACAUCCGUUUGGGCCACAGGGUCACAAAAAUAGCAAGGCAAUAUAAUGGGGUUCAUGUAACAAUAGAAGAUGGGAGUACAUUUGUUGCAGAUGCUGCUGUUGUAGCUGUUCCUCUCGGUGUGCUUAAGGCAAAGAGCAUAUCGUUUGAGCCAAAGCUACCCAACUGGAAGGAAGAAGCCAUUGAUGACCUCGGAGUGGGAAUUGAGAAUAAAAUAGUAUUGCACUUCGAAAAGGUGUUUUGGCCAAAUGUGGAGUUUUUGGGAGUGGUUGCUGAAACAUCUUAUUGCUGCAGCUACUUUCUAAAUCUUCACAAGGCAACUGGUCAUUCUGUACUUGUUUAUAUGCCUGCAGGGCAGCUGGCUAAAGACAUAGAGAAAAUGUCUGAUGAAGAGGCUGCUAACUUUGCUUUUAUGCAACUCAAGAAGAUCCUUCCAGAUGCUUCUUCCCCGAUUCAGUAUCUUGUUUCUCGUUGGGGCAGUGAUGUUAACACGCUUGGGUCAUAUAGCUAUGACAUGGUUGGAAAACCCCAUGAUUUGUACGAGAAGCUAAGGGUCCCAGUGGAUAACCUAUUUUUUGCCGGAGAGGCAACAAGCGCGGACUUCCCAGGCUCUGUGCAUGGUGCAUUCUCUACUGGAAUGAUGGCCGCUGAAGACUGCAGGAUGCGUGUUCUGGAGCGAUAUGGGGAGUUGGAUUUAUUCGAGCCGGUCAUGGGCGAGGAGGCCAUGUCCAUCCCGCUUUUGAUCUCCCGCAUAUAACUUUCAGGCCACACCAUCCUUCAGAUACAUGAAUGCGAGUAUUGAAGAUAUGUUCAGGUUGGAUUGGGCGACAAACAAUAUUUGCCAUUUUGAUUCGGCUGUCUGGGAAAGGUCGUGGAAAAUCACCGUUUUCCCUUGAAUGAAGCAGCCAAGCACUGGUGCAUCUGUUUGUUGUCCUCAUCUGUUUGGGCUUAUCUGUAUUUGCGCAAUCAUUGGACAAUCACUAAAUGAUAUGAAUCUAGUCUAAUAAAUAGCUAGUGGAAUAUUACAAUAAAUUGUCAUAUUAGAGGUCAAUAUAUCUAGUAUUUAAUUGGUGGGGAGGACGUUACAAUUUGUCAUGUUCAAAUCAAUGUGGGUUUUCUCUCUCUUCUGCAUCUUAUCUUAUGCAUGCUUGUCUGUCCGUUACCCAUAAUUAGAAAGGAAACUUUCUUCAA